AUGUUGUUUACAAUCAUUUUGGUGUUUAUAUCUUUUAUAGCUUAUAAAGUUUAUCAAAAAGUCAGAGUGCCUGAAGGACUUAAAAAUGUACCAACAUUAAGUUUCGUGAGUUUGGUUUUAGCUAUUUUUUCUGAUAAGGGUCCUGACAAUCGUUGGGAAUUUAUGCGUAAAAUUCUCGAGAAAGAAGGAAUAGGAAAAAUUUGGUUCAGUGGAGAAUGGUUUAUUGUUACAACUGAUUUGGAACUUACAAAAGAUGUAUUUUCGAAAACAGACUUGUAUCCUAAAACUUCGCUCGAAGAAUCGUAUCCCGGAUCUUUAACGGCUUAUUACUAUGGUACUAAUGUAGUCAUUUCCAACGGUGAUGUUUGGAAACGUCAUCGCAAUGUUGCAAAUCCCGCAUUUAAAAGUUUACCCAUGCACGUAUUUAAUGAAACGGCUGUGAAAUUGCUGAAAGUCAUCGAAAAAGUUGAUAAUGAACCCAUAGAAGUCAAAGAUCUUAUGCAUAGAUUGACCUUGGACGUUCUUGGAAGAGCUGUUUUUGGAUUUGAUUUUAAUAAUCUUGAAGAUCCAACAAAUAUCUAUGUUACUACUUAUCAAGAAGUAACGGCCGAAUGUGAUAAACCUAUAUAUUUUAUUAUGCCAUUCAUUGAAUAUCUCCCGUAUUUUGAUCGAACUGAAGCGCGUAAAAAAAUUGCAAAGAUUAAUGAAUUAUAUAAUGGACUUAUUGAAGAAAAACGUAAAUCAAUGGAAACGGAAGAAUUGAGUAAAAAAAUAAACAAUAAUACCGCUGAUUUGUUAGAAUGUAUGAUAUACGCUUCUAAGGAUCCAAAAAAUCCCAUGUCAAACGAAGAAAUUCGAUAUAAUCUUGCAAUAUUUAUGUUGGCCGGUCAUGAUACUACUGCUACUGCUUUGUCAACCAUCUUAUAUGUCUUAGCCACCCGCAAGGAUGUGCAAAGAAAAGUUCGCGAUGAAAUAUUACGCGUUCUUGGCGAUGAUUUAACCCCAACCAUAGAUCAACAAAGAGAAUUAAAAUAUUUGAACAUGGUUAUAAAGGAAAACUUAAGAAUUUAUCCUCCGGUUCAUCAAUUACCUCGAAGAGAAAGUUCAGAGACUAUUAAAUUUCGAAAUCAUGUAUUUUUGCCGAAAACUCCGAUAUUAAUAAAUAUUUAUGGAAUCCAUCAUUCAUCAAAAUAUUGGAAGGAUCCUGAAGAAUUUAUUCCUGAAAGAUUUGAAAUUGAAAAUGACGAAAAACGCGAUCAAAAUAUUUGGUUAACUUUUGGUGGUGGUUCAAGAAUAUGUUUAGGUAAUAAUUUUUCCCUUAUUGAACAAAGAGUGACGUUGUGUGCUUUAUUAAGAAAAUAUGAGGUAUCUUUACCAGCAGAUAGUAUUCAUAAGGACAAAUUACAUCUUGGUCAUAUUAAUGGUACAAUUACGGGACUGCAACCAUUACACUUAAUAUUUAAAAAAAGAACAGAAUAA